UGAUAUACCGGAACACGUGCUUUAACAUGGAGCCCGACAGUAGUGAUUGUCACACUUUGGGUGUACAAAAUACUUUUGUAAUUCCACUAUCUUUGUUUACGAUGGGUGAAAGGAAGCAGAAUACUAACAAAAUCUACAUUUGCUCGUUCCCUGAAUGUGGGGCAUCGUACAAUAAACUAUGGAAACUCGAUGCGCAUCUUUGCAAACAUACGGGACUGAAGCCGUUCCAAUGUGAGCGCGACGGUUGCGACAAGAGUUUCUGCACCAAAUACCACCUGGCAAGACACGAAUUGAGCCACAGCGGCGAGAAGCCGUAUCUAUGUACAGCAGAAGGAUGUUUAGAGGCCUUUACUACAAACUCCAACAUGAAGAAGCACUUUGCUCGCAAACAUCAAAACCAGGAAAAACUGUACACUUGUGAACACGAGGGCUGUGGAAAAGUGUUCAAGAAGAAUAACCUGCUCCGAUCUCAUGAAUAUGAACACACGAACCAACUUCCAUUCAAGUGUCCCUUUGAAGGCUGUGAACGAAGCUUCUCUGUUGCCAGUAAACUGAAGCGCCAUGAAAAAGUGCACGAAGGUUAUCCCUGUAAAGAGGAGGGCUGCUCCUUCCUUGGAAAAACCUGGACAGAAUAUCAGAAGCACAGAAGGGAGUUGCACAGAGUCAAGCUGCAGUGUGAUCACUGUAGCAAAACGUUCCGGGACUCCUGGUUCCUGAAGCAGCACCAGAGGGUGCACGAGGGGGAGCGGCGGGUGUUCAAGUGUCCGAGAGAGGGGUGUCGGCGCACUUACACCACGCCCUUCAACCUGCAGAACCACAUCAUUUCUUUUCACGAAGAGCAGAGGACCUUCACCUGCCCGCAUGCCAGCUGUGGCAAGGCCUUCGCCAUGAAGCAAAGCUUACAGAGGCACAGUGUGGUCCAUGACCCAGAGAGAAAGAAGAUGCAGAAGAAGGCGCGCCCCAGACGCAGCCUGGCCUCCCGUCUCAGCGGCUACCGGCCCAAGAAGGCCAGCUCGUCCGAGUCCAACGGCCUGGCUGCCCUGCUGAAGGACGCGACCCUGUCCGAGACCACGAGCACAGCCUCUCACUAACCGCCCUACAACUGCUCUGUGUGCCCUGGGCACGGCACCUGUUUUUGUUCUGUUAAAGUACUCAGGAAGUUGAGCUUUCAGUUCUGUACAAAACACUUUAUUGAAUAAACAUCACUGCUGCA